GAUGGCUGCGUGCAUCUUUUCUAUUGCAGAGAAAUUAGCUGUUUUGAUCUCAAAUGAAGCUGAUUUCCUCUCCGGAGUACAUGAUCAGGCCCAAUUGCUAAGCAACGAGAUCAGAUUGAUGAGUUCUACACUGCGAGAUGCCAGUGAGAAACGCUGGACAAGUAAUGAAGUGGAAGAAUGGUUGAAUCAGGUUAGAGAUGUUAUGCUGGAGGCAGAGGAUGUGAUUGACUUCUUCAUCUUUCGAGCAGAGCAACGACGGCACAGUAACAUCCUUACCAGGUACAUCUGCUACCCCAUUCAACCAUAUAAUCUCCAUAAGUUAGGGAGGAAAAUUGAAAAUUCCAAUAAAAAGAUUAAUCAGCUUUCAGUUAGGAGAUCUAUGUUGGGUCUUGCAACUUCAGAGGCAGUCCCAAGUUCAGUUGGUAUGAUCAUGAAUGAACAAGGCCUAUUUUUUCGUCGUCGGGGAGAUCGUGUCGAAGAAUUCUGUGUUAUCGGAUUUGAGGAGGAAGAGAAUGAAAUAGUGAAGAAGUUGUUGAUACCCAUAGAUCCCCCACGACAAUCUCUUACUGUUGUUUCAAUUGUUGGAAUGGGUGGUAGUGGCAAAACCACCAUAGCUAGAAAAAUCUACAACAGGAAUGAUGUCAAGAAACAUUUUCAGAAUCGUGCCUGGGUUUCUGUUUCUCAACAAUACAACAUAAAAGAUAUUCUCCAGGUCAUUAUAGAACAGAUCCAACCCCACACUUAUGAGGAGAAGAAGGAGAUAAAAGAGUUAGAUGUCGAAAGCUUGAUCUAUAAACUCUCAAAUCACUUACAAAAAGCAACUGACCUAAUUGUAUUUGAUGACUUAUGGAGGCCAGAAGACUGGGACAUGUUGAAACAAGCUCUUCCAGUUCUUGGAGAAGGCUAUCAUCAAAACAGGGUAUUGGUUACCACUCGCAAUGAAAUCGUUGCUAGAUAUGCAGAUCCUGCCACAGAUCCCUAUCACCAGCGGCUUUUGAAUGAAGAUGAGAGUUGGAAGCUCUUCCAGACAAAGGUGAUGGGCAGUAUGGAUGCAGGUUGCCCUGAAGAUUUGAAAGAUUUGGGAUGGAAAAUUGUCCACAAGUGUCAUGGAUUGCCAUUAGCCAUCGUAGUAUUAGGUGGUCUUAUAUCCAUGAAACCGAGAACACGUAUUGCAUGGUCCAAGGUUCUUAAUAGCAUAAAUUGGCAGCUUAAUCAGAAGGAAUGGAAUUUCAAACAGGUAUUGGCUUUAAGUUAUACUGACCUACCAGAUCAUUUGAAGCCUUGUUUCCUAUAUUUAGGUCUUUUCCCAGAAGAUUUUGGUAUUCGGCGUUCUACAUUGAUCUGGCUAUGGGUUGCAGAAGGUUUCAUACAACCCAGGGGACACUUGACGAUGGAAGAUGUGGCCGAGGAUUACUUGGAGGAGCUUAUCCAAAGAAGCAUGAUUCAAGCAACAGUCCGAAGUUAUGAUGGACGUGUCACAUAUUGCCGUAUCCAUGAUCUUGUCCGAGAUCUAGCAAUUUCAGAAGCUAAGCAAGAGAGAUUUCUUGAAGUUCUUGGGAGUGAUAAUUUGAGGAUUUCACCAAAUAAACCACGCCGGCUUUCCAUCAUUGAACCUACUGGAGGUAUUUAUGAUAGUCCAACUAAUGCUCUAAAUCAAAGUGAUACAACAAAUCAUCCUCGUUCCUUAUUUUGCUUCUCAAGAAACGUGCGAAUGAAGUAUUUUUAUGGAGCCAUGAAACUACUUAGAGUCUUAGAUCUACAGAACAUGAGUCUAAGUUCUAUACCUAGUGAGUUGCUUGAGCAUAUUGGAAAACUCAUCCUCCUUAAGUACUUGAGCCUACGUGAUACUGAAAUAAAAAAGCUUCCAUCUUCAAUAGGAGACCUGCAAAAUCUACAAACGAUGGAUUUAUGUUUUACUGAUCUCACACAGCUACCUGUGGCAAUAACGAAACUGCAACAACUAAGAAAUCUUGUUUUCAGUAGUUCUGGUAGAUAUGGUCUCCUGAGCUUCGAUUGCGCUCUCGAUCACAUGACGAAUUUGCAGACACUAAUGCUUGUUGAAGGCAGAUGGAUGGAUAGGCUGGACAAGUUAACUAAUUUGAGAGCACUAUGUAUACAUUUAACUAAAAGUUUGUCUCCAUACAAAGAGGCAUUGUUAAAUGCCAUCCCCAAAUUGAACAAGCUUCGGGGUUUUUCUUUGACAUAUUUUGAAGGGAAAGAGAAGGCAGUAGUGCUUCCUAUUUCAUUUUCUGACCAUUUGGAGCUUUGUCAUAUGGAAUUAUAUGGAAUAAUUGGAAUCCAAGUUUUUCCCUCCAAUCUCACUACCUUAAUAUUGAAAUUUCAGAGAGGACAACAGAUAGACGAACUGAUGGAAAACCUAAAGAAGCUACCCAAACUAAGGUGUCUCAUCUUGAGAAGUACUUAUCUGGGAUCCAAACUCAUUUUCUCUGCUGACGGGUUUCAUCAACUUGAGGAAUUGAUAUUGAUUGGCUUACAUGACUUACAGGAGUUCACAGUGGAAGAAGGAGCAUUACCAAAUCUUAAGUUUUUAAGGAUCAUAAGUUGUGCAUUAGAAAGGCUUCCACAAGGGUUGAAACAAGUGGUCACUCUUCAGGAACUUACCUUGUUAGGUAUGUCAGAAGAGCUUGAAUACAGGGUCCAAAAAGUCACAGGAGAAGAUUGGGAGAUCAUCAAACACAUACCCUCCAUUGAAACUGAAUCACAACAUUGGAUUUAUAUUUAUUCACAAAAUUUUGAUCGUCAAUGGUGCUGAUCCUUUGAUUCUUAAUAUUCAUUUUCUUUUGUAUGAAUCGUUUUGUAUUAUUGUACAAGGACUCGUGGGUAAA